AUGGGUAAAAUGGCAGACCUGUUCGAAAUAUUAGUAGCUGAAAAAGCUGACAAGCCUUCACAAGGCGAACGCCCAACGGGCAAGGACGAAUCAGAAACAUCGUCUUUCAGGUCUAGAGGCAAGCGACAACGUCGCGAACAGUCUCCUGAUGCAAUAAGCAUCCAUGCUGGCGAAAGCGAAGAUGAAUUAGCACAGCUUUUGGGAAGCUCUGAAAAAGAGCGGGAAAAUGAACCUGACACCGAAGCCGAAAACGUCUUAAAUGAUCUUGCGAAAGGCCUAUCGGAUGAUGAAUCCACAGGUCCAAACAUAUCGCAAAAAUUAGCUGAUAUAGCAUUACAACGUUGGGGUAAACAACUCAACCCUGAAAAAUUGAAGAGUAUACUAGAGAAAUGUACUCGUCCUGAAAACUGUCCCGGGUAUGACAUGCAAAAAAGACAACCCGGAAAUAUGGCAGUUGUUGGGUUCAAAGAGCAAGAGAACAGAUAUUCAACU